ACACUUUGUUCCUGCUUUCCUAGGAAUAGUUCUGGACUCUGGAGAUGGUGUGACACAUAAUGUACCUAUCUAUGAAGGCUACGCCCUGCCACAUGCUAUCAUGAGACUAGAUCUGGCUGGUAGAGAUCUCACUGACUAUCUCAUGAAAAUUCUUACAGAGAGAGGAUAUUCUUUUGUUACUACUGCGGAGCGUGAGAUUGUGCGAGAUAUUAAGGAAAAGUUAUGCUAUGUGGCUCUGGAUUUUGAGAAUGAAAUGGCUACUGCUGCUUCUUCAUCUUCUUUGGAGAAGAGCUAUGAACUUCCAGAUGGCCAAGUCAUCACAAUUGGCAAUGAAAGGUUUCGAUGCCCUGAAACUCUCUUCCAGCCAUCCUUCAUAGGAAUGGAAUCUGCUGGAGUCCAUGAAACAACUUAUAACAGCAUAAUGAAAUGUGAUAUUGAUAUCCGUAAAGAUCUUUAUGCUAAUAAUGUGCUUUCUGGAGGAACUACCAUGUAUCCUGGUAUUGGUGAUCGUAUGCAAAAAGAAAUUACAGCACUGGCUCCAAGUACUAUGAAAAUUAAAAUGAUUGCACCUCCUGAACGUAAAUAUUCUGUUUGGAUUGGAGGCUCUAUAUUAGCUUCUCUGUCAACUUUCCAGCAAAUGUGGAUCAGCAAAGAUGAAUAUGAAGAAGCUGGUCCUUCUAUUGUCCAUCGCAAAUGCUUUUGAGUAUGCUUACGAUUUACUAUAAGGGAUCCCUUGUGAUUUCUCACUAUAGAGUUUCUUAGGGAGAGAGGGCGUAUUUUAAGUUUUUCCCACUCUUCUAAACAUAUAAUAAAUGAUUUUGUCAGUUAAUUAAAUGUUGUUUCCUGGGUGCCUAAAAUAUGCAUCAGGUUUUGCAUUCCAGUAACAAGCAAAGGAGAACAAUGGCAAUUGGAAAACUAUUUCUUCAAACUCUUUUUCCAAGAAAAUAAUGUGGAUUCAGAAUUUUCCCACCACUUUUGGACAGCGAAUUCAGUAUUUUAUACUUUGUAACAGAAGGGAAGAAUAAGUGCACCAACAUUUGCUCAUACAUGAAGAAUUUAGCUAUAUAGCUUUUCAGAGAGAAUUUCAGUGAUUAUUCAUAAAAGCCUAUGAACUGGGCUGAGAUCAGAUGACUUGCCCAAGAGCAACAGGGGUUGGGGUGGGGACAAUCAUAGUUAAGCUGCUAUGACAUAAUGGAAUGCUUGCAAACAUCUGGCCAUUGAGGAGAAAAAUGUCAGGAAAUUAACAAUAAUUAAUGACUUCUGUAUCAAACUGAAACUGCUUGCUUAGAGAAAUCACUACAGAGAGAUAGCUCUGGUAUCACCAUCUUCCUAUCUCCUGCCGGCUGAAGGAACAUACUUCUUGGGAUUUGUGAUUUUGGAAAUGAAUGAAGCAACCAAAUUUUAGACUUCUUGUUUCCAGUCUAAUGAUUGCAAUUGGCAUUUCUAUUAUUUAUGUGAAUGUCUGUCUUGACACAAUGGAUACAGAAAUUGAGAAUGAUUUUGGAGGACAGUAUUUCAUCUCAGUCAUAUCUUAAAUUAUGACUAGCCCAAUCAGUGAUGUGUUUAUGCUUAAAAUUAUCAGUAGCUGUAAUUUAUUUUUUCCUUGCACUUCUGAUCUCUUUGAACUGAACAGUCAAAUUAGAGCUCCUGCUCAGGAAAUGUCAGCCCCCCAAAAAACACAAACUCCCAAGGAAUUCAGUAAGAAUAAAUACGUUUUUCAAAUAA